AUGCAUCCACAACAACUAGCUGUGUAUUCUGCUGUUGGUACAGCAAGUGCCCUUUUCACCUGGCUUGGUGCUCGUUUGUUUAUGCAAAAACUUGAAUUUCCAGGAGUGAAUUUUAAAAUUUUACUUGCAAAUUUACUUAUAAAAACUGCUUUUAAAAGUUUAGGAAGUAAAUUAUCAGUUCUAGAUGUAAAAGUUUCGCCCAUUCAUCGAGUAAUUGAAAGCGAUUUGUUGAGAAUUGAAACUAUUCCACUAUCUUUUGAUGCAAAUUCUUCAGAAUUAUAUUUAAAAGAAAGUUCUGAAUUAUCCGAAUAUAUUAUUAGAGUUUAUCAACCUAAACAAUAUAGAGAAGAAGGAUAUCCUAUUUUAAUGUAUAUUCAUGGUGGUGGAUGGAUGUUUGGAAGUAUUGAUACAAGUGAUGAUUUUUGUAGACAUGUUUCGAAUAAUAAUUAUCUUGUUAUUAGUGUUGAUUAUAGAAAAACUCCACAACAUGUAUUUCCAGCAUGUUUAAAUGAUUGCUUAAAUGCACUUUGUUGGAUUGGAAAGAAUUUUAAGAAAUAUAAUGGAAAUAUUAAUCAGUUAACUAUUUGUGGAGAUUCUGCUGGUGGUCACUUGUCUAUUCACACACAAAUUAGAAUAUUUUCAUUAGAAAAGAAUAUUAUAGAAAGUGAGAAUAUUCCAAAAAUUACACAUCAAGCAUUAAUUUAUCCAGCAACUGAAAUUUAUGAAAAUUCUGAUUCGAAAUAUCAAUCACUUACUAAAUAUAGAGAUAGUGGAUUAAUUAUUAAUGCACCAAUGGUUGAUAUGUUUUGGAAACAAUUAAUUGGAGUUAAUACUUCAAUUGAGAAUGCAAAAUUAAAUCCAUUUCUUUCAAUUAUGAGUGCAAUUGAUCCAACAAGUAAUUCUCAAUUUUAUUCUCAAUUUCCAAAAGGAUUUAUUUGGUUAGCUGAAUAUGAUGUAUUAAGAGAUGAAGGUCAAUUAUUUGGAGAUGUAAUUAACAAGUCAACUAAUGAAAAAAGAAUUGAAAUUCGUGAAUGGAAACAACAAGUUCAUGGAUUUUUGAGUUUUAGAAAGGAAAUUACAUUUUCAGAAUUUGUAAAUCAACUAAACUCACUAACACAGGGAUGA